AUGGCGUGGUGUAAGUUGCGCGAUUCAGGCGUCUGUCUGAAGAAUGGUGAAGGGCGAUGUGUGUGGCGGACCGACCCCUUUCCCCCUUUCCGACCCUCUCCUCCCCCUGCGUUCCACCCCCCCCUCUCCCCCCUCCCCCCUCCCCACUCCCUUCUUCCUCUUCUCGCUCGCCCCCCACCCCUCCGUUCUUCGCUCAUCCUCCCCCCCGCUCUCCCCUCAUCUCCCCCCUCUCCGCUAAUCUCCCUGCGAUUUCCGCCUAUCUCCCACCGCACACACCCCUCAUCCCCCCUCCGCUCUUCUCCCCUUCCUCCCACCCUCCCCAAUAUUCGCUCACCCCACUACCCCUUCCCCCACCAUGCCUCCCCUCCCCCCUCGCUCGCACCUCAUCCCUCUCUCCAUCCACCCUGCGUUCCCCCAAUUCCCCCAGUCCUUCCCUCAUCGUUCCCCUCACUCACCCCUCAUUUCUCCCACCGAUUCAUCCCAUGCAUCCUUAAUCCCCCUCCCCUCCCCCCCCCCCACUCCCUCCCCCUCGAUCCAUCUGUCAUCCCCCCUCUGCUCACCCCUCACCCCACCCCCCCCCCCUCUCUCCACGCACCUCCGUCUCUCGCCCUUAAUCUCCCCUCUCCCCAAACCUCUCCUUGCUCUGCUCACGCCCCACACACCCCUCAACCGCCUCCCACGUAA